AUGAUUGUCAUUACAGGACUCACCGUCGGUCAAAUCACGUUCAUUCUCCGUGCUAUCAUCCAAAUCCUUUCCUAUGGUGGCCUCUUCUUGAUAGGUUACAUUGUGCUCGCUUCCGCGCCACAGAUUGCAUCCCUCAAAACUCACGACGUCCUCAAUCGGGUUGUGGGGAGAAACACCGCGAACAAGUCUACUGCAAAGUGGAUAUUCAACUCUCUUCGAAGUCGCAAUGGAGACCCAGUCACUUCCAAACGCUUGGUCAUCUCGCUGAUACUUCUUAGUGUCUAUUCCAUAUUCGUCUCCAUCAGUGACCUCGGUUUUCUGGGAUUUUAUGCCUGUAAAGUCUCUGCCGGAAGUUAUUACGAUCGUCCUCGGUCUGUUAAUGACGACAAUUCAGCGCUAGCGGCCGUGAACACCUCCUUAGUCGCAGGUGCUGACCCAAGUACUGUCAAGAUGUAUCGCUGCGAUGCAGCUAAAGCCGACUAUCGGGGGGACAAUAUUACCUUGCAGACCUGCACGUCGUGGCAUAAUUUCACUCUGACGGACACAUCCGGCUUCGCUGGUAUCAACAAUACUGAUUCCGACAUGCUUCUACCCCGUCAACUCAGACAUAUGAAUUAUACCAAAUCCGCCACUUUUGACCUUAAUACCUAUCGCGUCUUUCCCGGACCCAAACUCAUCGACUCCCCCACAAUCAACAAUGGCAUGGUCUCCGAGCCAAAUAGCAUCGGUGUCAGAACCGUUUUUGGUGUGCCUGAACUUGGUCCCGGUCGUUCAGCCACACUCCCUAAAAACAUGGCUAUGGAGAUAGAAGUCGGUUGCAUGACGCUGGGGGUUUACUCCAGCCAUGAUCCCAGUGCCUCUGGUGGUGGGAUCGAUUAUCUCGAUGAACGGACUGAUAAGCGGAAUUAUUCAGGUCCCGAAGGACUUCGCGAUGUCCUCACCCAGACGGCUGACGAGAUCCACAACUAUUAUUCCCCUCUCUUCAAAUCCGACCUCGUUAACGGGAUCAGGACGGGCAUCAAUGGUAGCUCAACCACCUUCACAGAUAUUCCUAUGAUCAAUAGUUUUUAUCUCCCCGACAUUGGUGCUGUCGAUGGCCCGACGCGAGGAAACGAAAUACUGGGCAACUGCACACAACGUUUGAAAGACCGACUUGGGCUUGGGAGUUCCGACUACAUGAUAUCCGACACCGACAAACGUACCCCCAUGUGCAGUCUUCUUUUGCUCAGUGGAUCGGAACCAAACAAUGGAGAUUAUCUACUCCUAGCUACCAAGAUGGUUUGUGCCUCCACUACUCAGAUCAAUAUGGUAUCUGGUACUGUUAACAAGGACCAGAGCGGUCAGGUCACGCUCAAUGUAACUCGCCUUCCGAGUGAUUUACACCAGCUUCGAGCCGACUACGUCGACAUCGUCCCCAGCGGAAAUGAUACCAUUUAUAACCUCAUGCAACCCAUCCUACGCUACACUCUCAGCGACAACCCAAACGGGAACACUUCCCAUUAUAUUCAUCAGGCCGCACAAUACAUGAGGACCCCCAUGCGGGGACCUGGCAGUCCCGGAGACGCAAUUUCCCAAAUAGGAACGACGGUCAUGGACCUGGGUGAUCUUCUACUGGCCAACGAGUUUAGUUAUGUGACCGUUCUGAAUGGUCAAAACUUCUCGAUGUCACCAGCAACGGUUACGAAGUGGGGUGGCACCUACGGGGCCUCGUUGGUGCUCAACUCCGUGACAUACAAUGGUUUUGUCGCGAAACAAGUUGAACCCGUCCUCGUCACUGACAUUGACGGGAAGGAUGCGACGUGCUAUCGCAGUCCUUACGCUGUCAGUUUCCUUCCUCUCGUUCUUGCUGCCAUUUUCAUCGUUUGUUGGAUCGUGUUCCUUUUCGUCGUUCGCGGGCUGUCGGGGACGAAGCAGGUGGAGGAAUACUAUGGUGGAUUAAAACCCUACUGGGGAGUUGUUUGCCCCACCACUGCAGCUCAGAGUGCGCUGCUGUCCUGGGAGAGUUAUCCUGGGCCGCAUCUUGCACUUGUUCCUCCUGGUCAACCGAUUUCAGUCAGAAAUUCGAACGCAACGGCGGCGCGGCAUUUAUCUUCUUCUUCUUCUUCAGAACCUUCCAAAUCUGCUUAUGCGUAG